AUGCAUCACCAUCAACAACCAUCGUAUGGCGGCGGCGGCGGCUAUCCCGGCCAGGCCUACCGUCAGCAACAUCCUCCUCCUAGUAACCCUUACCAAUACGGCCAUCACUCGCCCCAACCGUAUCCUCCCCAUAAUGGCUACAAUGGUCCUCCGGCCGGUUACCCACCCUCAUCUGCUCCUCCAAAUGGUGGCCCGAUGUACCAAGGCCAAAACCCUUCUUAUCAAAGACACUAUCCAUCCUCGCACGGUGGGCCUUCCGCUCCUCCUUCCCAACCCCAAGCCUUCGGCCAUGGCGCACCCCAAGGAUACAGCUUCCAGUACUCUCGUUGUACAGGAAAAAGAAAGGCUCUCAUGAUUGGUAUCAACUAUUUCGGCCAAAAGGGACAGUUGCGUGGGUGUAUCAACGAUGUGAAGAACAUGUCCACAUACCUCAACCAGAACUUUGGCUAUGCCCGUGAAGAUAUGGUACUCCUGACUGAUGACCAACAAAACCCGAUGAGCCAACCAACGAAGGCGAAUAUCCUACGCGCGAUGCACUGGCUGGUCAAAGACGCGCAGCCUAACGAUUCCCUCUUCUUCCAUUACUCUGGACACGGUGGACAGACGCCUGACUUGGAUGGCGACGAGGAUGACGGAUAUGACGAGGUUAUCUACCCAGUGGACUUCCGCGUGGCGGGACACAUAGUCGAUGAUGAGAUGCAUCGGAUCAUGGUGAAACCUUUGAGGCCGGGCGUGCGACUCACGGCGAUCUUCGACUCGUGCCAUUCAGGUUCUGCUUUGGAUCUGCCGUACAUCUACUCUACACAGGGUAUUCUCAAGGAACCCAAUCUCGCAAAGGAAGCCGGCCAAGGCCUACUGGGGGUCAUUUCGUCGUAUGCGCGUGGCGAUAUGGGAAGUAUGAUGUCCAGCGCCGUCGGUUUCAUCAAGAAGGCUGCCAAGGGCGACGAAGCCUAUGAGCGAACCAAGCAGACCAGGACCAGCCCCGCAGAUGUCAUCAUGUGGUCUGGAAGUAAAGACUCCCAGACCAGUUCCGACGCUCAGAUCGCCGGUCAGGCCACCGGCGCGAUGUCUUGGGCCUUCAUCGCCGCCAUGCGCAAGAACCCGCAGCAAAGCUAUGUACAACUGUUGAACAGCAUCCGAGAUGAGCUGGAGUCGAGAUACUCACAGAAACCGCAGCUGAGUGCGAGUCACCCAUUGGAUGUGAACCUACUAUAUGUAAUGUAA